CCUAAGCAUUACCCGAUCCCGCGGUAUAAAAGGAUCUCCUUGGGGCGCCGCAGCUCAGAAAACCCUAAUUCUUUGGUGGCGUCUUCAUCGAUCUCCCCAUCCGAGCAUGGCUGCGAUCGGAGAGCUUGCCUGCACCUACGCCGCGCUCAUCCUCCACGAAGAUGGCAUCCCAAUCACGGCGGAGAAGAUCGCGACCAUUGUGAAGGCGUCGAACUUGAAGAUCGAUUCGUACUGGCCCGCGCUCUUCGCCAAGCUCCUUCAGAAGAGGAACAUCGACGAUCUCAUCUUGAGCGUCGGAUCUGGCGGAGGCGGCGCUGCAGUUGCCGUUUCCGCUGCUCCGGCCGGCGGUGCUGGUGCCGCCGCUGCUCCUGCUGCCGCCCCAGCGGCCGAGGAGAAGAAGGAGGAGCCCAAGGAAGAGAGCGACGACGAUAUGGGCUUCAGCUUGUUUGAUUAGGGAGAGGAGGAGAAGAAGAGAGAAUUGUAGCUUGUUUGAUUAGGGCCGACGGUGCCAUGUAUGUCCUUAAACAUUAAAUUAAAUGGGUCAUCAAAGGACAGCGCUCGGAAGGGAAUGUAUAAUUAGUUUGAAGGCAUUUCCUAUUUUACGAUUUUGUUUUCUUAUUCAAUGCGUGCCACAAUAUUUUCGUUUGUUUUCUUAUUCAAUGCAUUGUGGAUCGUUCUACUA